ACGACGGCUGCUUGGACAGCCAUACCAUCAUCCAAUCGUAGCUGCUAUCGUUCUCAUCGAACCGCGCCGUGAUCCAGAAGGAGGCGAUGGCUUUGUAGUACGUGGCAAACGCCACUCGACGUAACGUCUCCAGCAGACUGCCGAAGAUCAGGAUCUUGACCCAGUCUCGGAGGGCGCCAAAGGAGAAAAGCAAGGCGACCAAAGACGAUAGGUCUUUCACACUCGCGAAACUGGCCAGAUUGAGGCCCGCCGCCGAGGUCCCAUUCGUCGCUGCGUCCGCGUCGGUGGAGUUGACCACAUUGCCGUUCAAAGCCGACAGGACUUGUUGCGCGAGGUGGGCGUAUGAGGCCAGGAUUGGAAGAAAGAUGAGGUAGGUUGAAGGUGAAGGGACGAGGGUUCCGCAGUGAUAUAUGAGCGCUGCGAAGCAAAGGGGGCGGUACCGGGAAGCGUGACUCGAGAAGACGAAAUCUUCCUUUGUUUUAAUGACUCGGGAUAGAAAGAUUUGCCCGAUUGGGAAAAUAAGCUGUGCGGUUGGCAGCCAAGGAAGUGGUGAAAGGAAAGACGAAACCGUCUGAGUGGUAACGAUAAGUGCAUGAUGGGCGCGCGCAAAAGGUGCGCAGAUCAGAAUCUUCGCAUCGCUCUGCCAUUGACGGCGCGCGGUGUACAGUGCCACUGUGACGAUCACUGAUUAAUAUACGUCACGUCACAGUCGCGUUCCCUUUCACCUUGCCAAAAUUGAACAUGGUGAACCAGGUGUCAUCUCUGGACCUCACACACGUACUGUAUGAUGACUCGUCCUUCCUCUCAUUGGGUCUCGCGCUGGUCACUCUGAGUCCGAUCCUUCUAAUGCCCGCAUAUGCAGCGCUGGCGCUCCAGACGCGUGAAUAUGUGAUCCUCGUCAUGUGGGCGGGGCAGUUUGCCGGCGAGGCUCUGAACCUUGUCUUGAAGCAUGCCAUCAAGGAGCAACGACCUUCGUACAGUCUUGCAACUGGAUAUGGCUUUCCGUCCUCGCAUAGCCAGUACAUGGGCUACUUUGCGUCAUUCCUCAUGCUGCAUCUGCACACCAGGCACCGAUUUGCGUCGAGCGGUAACAGGCUGCUGGACAACGCGUGGCGGUUUGUGGUCUAUACCGGAAUCUUGGCUUGGGCGCUAGCGGUGGCGUAUUCCCGGUAUCAUCUCCAGUAUCACAGUGUGCCGCAGAUCCUCUGGGGCCUCGGUAUCGGCGCGUUUCUCGGGGUCUUUGUGUACACGUGUUCCGAGUGGGUACCACGUCACUGGCCGGAAUCGACGCUAGGCCAGAUCAAGGUAUUCCUGCUGGAAAACCCGGUAUGCACGUGGCUCCAGCUCCGCGAUGGAUGGGACGUCUGGGCAGACGGAGGAAGGGAGACAGAGUGGCUCCGUUGGAGAUCUGAAUGGGAAAGGCGCCGGCUGCGUCGCACCAAAGCUGAUUGAAUUGUGUUAUCUCAUCUGGAUUAGAGUAGGUCAUCGCUGCAAAUCUGCCUCGUGAAUUUCGACCAGACUUCAGUGACUUGAACAGAACAUUUCGGUGCAUCUACAAAGUUUGAGCUCCAGUGCACCGCACCUUCCAGUCUCAACUUUUAUGCAAAUGCAUUGUGACUUGACUCGGCAUCACUCACCGCGUAUAGUUCCUUUCCGACCGACUUGACCGACAUUCUUAUAUCGUGGGGCUACCUCGAUAUUCCCAGUCAGUGUUCUGCCUCGCUGUCUGCUAUUGGCCUGCUAGCUUCUCGACCGACUUUCAGCCUUUCGGAUACUCCGUUUACUAGAACGUUCUCCGCAGCUCCAGAUCUUCGAGUCUGUCUCACAAAACGUUACUCUUCCGAGACUGCAAGCCUACAGAGUCCGCUUUUACAGAGCCCGCUCUAACCUUUCUAUGUGCGGUCGCCGUACUUGCACCGACCAGGGACAGACAGCACCCGCCCUUGAUUACCUGCCGAGACGGGAUUUCGCGUAAGCAUCUGGGCUCGACCCGACUUCCGCCGAGUGCGAGAGCCGCCGUGUGCAGCCUGGAUGUUCAUCUCCCCUGGUCCACAUAGUCCGGGUCGGAGAUCACACGAUGGUGACUUGAGGGUAUAAGCAUCUCCACUUGAUAAUCGACCAGGCCAGAGCGGUGGUGUCAUCUGUAUGUCGUCUCAUUUUCGGACAAAUCAAUGCGCUAUAUAUGAACAGGUGGGAGUGGUCAGCAUCGGCACAGAACGCAAAAAUGGCGAUACUCCCCCGUCCCAAGAACGUCGGCGUCCUGGCUAUGGACAUGUACUUUCCACUCCGCUGCAUUUCCGAAGCUGAACUCGAGGAUUACAAUGGCGUUUCCAGGGGCAAAUACACGAUCGGCUUGGGCCAGGAAUUUAUGGCUUGGGCCGACGACCGAGAAGACAUCAACUCAUUUGCACUCAAUGGCACCCCUUACGGGAAGCAGACAGUCAAAGGUCACGCCCGGAUGCUCUACAACGACUUCCUCGCCGACCCUGGCGCACCGCAGUUCGCAGCCGCGCACGCGAUUGACUACAGCAUGUCGCCGAUGGAGAAGCACGUCGAGAAAUUGUUCAUCGAGAUCGGAAAGCCCUCGUUUACUGAGAAAGUCGAUCCGACAAUGGCUUGUUCCGGCGCCUCGGCAAUCUCUACACGGGCUCGCUCUAUGCUUGUCUCGCAUCCUUGCUUCUCGGUCGCUCCCGCAGACCUGCUCGGCAAACGCGCGAGCUUGUAUGCAUUUGGGGGCGGCUGCGCUGCCAGUUUCUUCCACACUCAAAGCGUCGGGGAUACUUCCGAGAUACGGCAGAGGAUGGAUCUGCUCAACAGGCUUGCGAGCAUGAAGGUCGUCUCAUGCAAAGAGUUUACCGAAGGCCUGCACCGGCGGGAACUGCAUUCCAACGCAUCAUCCUACACGCCUGUGGGCUCGGGUAGACACAUCUCGCCGGUGCCACUAUUGCACAGCGUCGACGACAAGUUCCGGAGGAGAUAUGUCAGGCAUAGAAUAGAGUAA